AUGACGGACAUAACAGACGACAUAGCGGAAGAAAUCUCAUUUCAGAGCUUCGAUGAUGACUGUAGACUACUGGAAAACCUUCUUAACGACGUCCUCCGAGGGGAAGUAGGACCCAAAUUCAUGGAAAAACUUGAAAGAACUAAAAUCCUCGCUCAG